CAGAAUUUGAUCAAACUAAUUGCAGCCAUAGUGUGUGCAUUCAGUCACCAUGAAUUAAUAAAACAGAAUACCACAUAGUUAAGGGUUAAUUUGGACAAGGAGGGCUUUUGAGGCAAGGUCAAAUACUAGCUGCAGGCUUGCAGCUUCUGCUAAUCAGAAUAGGAGGGGAGAAAAGAUUCAACAAACUCGGAACGGGGGUCACGUGGGACCAGGCGUCUGUCACUUUAUGGCCCGUCGCGAGGACCAUGGCAUCACCUGUGUACCUGGCCUGGCUCGGGUGCUUGGUCAUGGGGCAGCUGAGGUGGGCCCCCACCAUGUGCCCCGCCCGCCCCCUGGUGCUGGCCAACCAGGUGACAAACCACUGCCUGUGCCUGGGAGAGGCAAAGUGUACUACAGAGAUGUCAUUACUGAUGGCUUGCUGGAAGCAGAAUGAAUUCAGCAAUGCAGCUUGUGCCAAGGAGAUCCAGACAUUCUAUGGACUGUGUGGCAAAGAGAUGCGGAGAACAAGGAAAAACUAACAGGAGUCCCUGGGCCAGAUGGGAAACUUAUCUCCCAAGACAGUGAACUACUGA